AUGUUUAUUGCUGGAAUCAUCAACUACGUCGAGCGGACACGAGCUUCGCGUCUUGCAUGCUUGGAGAAUUUUCGCGAUUCCAUACUCAAACAACCGGAUCCUGGGGCCAAUUAUGCCAUACUUAUGGAGGAUUACGCUUCCAAGAGAGAAGCCCAACUUCCAACUCGAAUAACUGAGAUGGCGCAGACUGAUGAACAAUUCGAGGGUUCUGAUGUUCCAACCGUGGCAGACGAUUUGAAUAAUCUCGAAGUGGUGCAUUAUGCUUAUAAGUACUUCCAAGUAUUUACGGGACUCGUAGUCGAUCUCAUCUUCAUCAAUCGAGAACUUUAUGAGACUACUUUUGGACACUUCUAUUUCCAAACAAAGAAAGAUGAAUUCCACGCAGCUGAUAUCAGAAUCACCUAUACCAUGCUCCUUGGUGCCAUUGCCCUGGAUGUAAUAUCCUUCCUCAUGCUCAUUUCCUCAGAUCGGAUAUUUGCUUCCAUUGGUCCACAUUCUUUAUGGGCUGCUCUCUUCUGCAAUUUCCUUGCUUUUAGGAAGCCCCGGUGGCACCCUUGUAAAUGUGAGAUAAAGAAUUCUGGCAGUGAAAAGAAUAAUUUCAAGCAUCAUGUUUUGGCUAAUCCCCUUGCGUGUCGAAGGUGGUCUGGAUCCGUCUCAGCACAAAACUUAAUAGGGUAUUGCCUGAAAAGCAGUUCGACUACAAUCCAUGAAUUCCCCGAAAAAUCACUAUGCCCAUUGAGGAAUCUGUGGAAAUAUAAGAUAAUGAGCAAAGCAAGUACUUUUGUAAGGUCUAUUCAAAAAACUCCUGUGUUCCGCAAAAUCACUAUGCCCAUUAAGGAUUAUGUGGAUAAGAUUAUGUAUGCGUCCAGUGAGCGAUUCAUUAUGGAGCUAUGGGCAUUUAUCUUUGGCGAGCUAAGAAAUAAAUCCGAGUUUGCAGAUACUCCUGAAAUUGCCCAACGAGUAUCCUCGGCCAGAGGUGAUUGGGUUUUGGCAGAUAACAAUUUACUGAAAUAUGUGAGUGAUGUUCAAUAUGACGAAAGCCUUCUAUUGUGGCACAUUGCCACUGAUCUCUGCUACUACACCGACGACAAGAAAGUGACGGACAGUUUACAUCGAGAAUUCAGUAAGAUUCUCUCGGAUUACAUGCUGUAUCUUCUAGUUUUUCAACCAACCGUGAUGUCUGCUGUUGCCGGACCAAAUGAAGACAAGAAAGCCUGUGAAGAAAUUCUUUCAGUGAAUACGGAUUAUGAACCUGUGACUGUGAAGGGAAACAGAAGUAAAUCUGUGUUGUUCGAAUUAGUUUCAUAUGAGUCAAAUCAUUGCAAAGCAAGUACACUUGCGAAAGAGGUAAGCAAUGGUAGAGAGCUUAUUAGCGCCUUUUGGUUGUUGAUGGCUCACUAUGGUACCGGGGCACAGUUUCGAACCACCAAAGGCCAUGCAGGAGAGACAUAUUUGGGGAAAGUAGACGAUAUGCAUCACCCUAUUUUUGUAUCUCUCUCUUAA